UCACAUCACUCGGCAACCUCCAUUUCAAUUAACACCCACACUAAACAACAUACCAACUUAAUAUUUUAUAAUUAUCGUUUAAAAUUAUUUGUAAAAAAAAUAUAUGUAACGUUUACUUUUAUUAGUCACAAUAAUAAUGACUUUGGAUGCUCGGGGAUCGAUUAGCGCGCCUGCUUUAGACAGAGCGAACAGAUCCCGCUCAAACAUGGCCACGUUUAGGAGGUGACCAGCUCACCUCGCCCCGUGUCCCCUCCUCUCCCUGCAGCGAGCAACCAGCGGCGUCUCUCUCCGCACGCACACACGCAGCAUAUACCAUGGAAGUCCCCGCUAAGCACAAGGGGAAAAUGAUAGCCUCCAACGCACUGGACGCUAAGGAUGAAUUAGAGGAGGUAGGCCCCCCGGCCUCGGAUAGUUUCGCUACCGAGGAAGGCGCGCCUCGCCCGGCCGAGCUCGGCUGCCUCGCCCGGGGUUCUGGGACCCCGCUCUCGAAGCUGGACCGAUGCAUGGCCACCGUCACCUCCAUGAUCGUCAGCGUAUCAGAAAGGGAGGCCAACGAUGCCCUCACUGCUCAUGUAUGUAAAGGAGCACCACAGCAUGAGGAGACGUGUCUCGGGCUGACGGCCAUCAUCUUGACUGACCCAGCCCAGGCUGCCAGGUGCUAUCGGGACCUGACCCUGGUGAGUCGGGAUGGACUGGGGCUCGUCCUUGCGAAGGUAAACCAGCUGCUCAUGGAGAAGUUCUUGAAGAUGCACGACGUGGCCAGGAACCAGCUGGUUUGGUUGGUCCGAGAGGUUGUGAAGAAUGGAGUGAUAGGUGCCGACGGGGUCACCAUGACGCUGUUAAAGCAGAUAGCAGGUGGGGAUACAAGUCCCAAGAAUAUUUGGUUGGCAGAGACCGUGUUGGACUUGCUAACUGACUACAGGGAGUGGGUGCUCAAGAACAGCCUGCUUGUGUCCAUGACGGUCUAUACGUUCCUGAGGAUCAUCGUGGAUCACAACGGCAGCCCAGCCCUCACCACCCUCCGUCAGAAAGAAGUUGACUUCUGCAUUACUCUGCUCCGCGAGCGGUUUGCAGACUGCACAAUGAUUGGGCGGGACCUGGUACGGCUACUACAGAACGUCGCCAGGAUCCCCGAGAUAGAGAAGCUCUGGAGGGAUAUGCUGCACAACCCACAGUCGCUGAGCCCGCAGUUCACAGGCAUAUUGCAGCUCCUGCAAAUGCGAACGUCAAGGAAGUUCCUCGCAUGCCGGCUCACCCCAGAUAUGGAGACCAAACUGCUCUUCAUGAUGUCAAAGGUGCGGUUCGGGCAGCAGAAACGCUACCAAGACUGGUUCCAGCGACAGUACCUGUCAACACCCGACAGUCAGUCCCUACGCUGCGACCUCAUUCGCUACAUCUGUGGGGUGGUGCACCCCUCCAACGAGGUGCUGUGCUCCGACAUCCUGCCCCGGUGGGCACUCAUCGGCUGGCUCCUCACCACCUGCACGUCCAACGUGGCAGCCACCAACGCGAAGUUGUCGCUGUUUUACGAUUGGCUGUUUUUCCAGCCUGACAAAGAUAGCAUUAUGAACAUUGAGCCUGCCAUUCUGGUCAUGCACCAUUCUAUGAGGCCUCAUCCAGCAAUCACAGCCACACUGCUUGACUUCAUGUGCAGGAUAAUGCCAAACUUCUAUCCCCCGCUGGAGAGCCUUGUUCGACAGGGGGUUUACAGCUCUCUCCGCAGCAUUCUGGAAAAGAGGGUCCUGCAGUCCCUGUCGCCACUCUUCGACAACCCCAAGCUGGACAGAGAGCUGCGCUCAAUGAUCCGGGAAAACUUCUCCGAGUUUACCAGCUCUCCGUCGCCUCCCAUGGAAGGCGAGAAGCCCCUUCAGCCACAGCUGCAUUUUCUCGAUGAAGCGGUGAAAGCGGACGAUUUGCCUUCGACCAUGGAGCCCGACAACCACGUUGGGGAGCGAGGAAAAGAUGAGUGUUGCUUCGACGCGACAGAGGCCACCUUCAGCGACGAGGAGGAAGAGGAGAAGUCGAAAGAGCACGCACGUGUUGCAGGGAAGAAGGUGGAGCUGAGGUUCCGGCCGAUCCGGGAGGCUGUGUCGGAGGAACCCCUGGAUGUGACGCUGUACCUGGAGCAGCUGGACGAGUCGCUGAGGGACAAGGUUCUCGCCCUGCAGAAGGAGAGUGACACCGAAACUCAGUGUGAAAUAAUGCAGGCCAUAGUGGAGGUCAUACUGCAGAUGGAUGAUUUUGACGCGGAGAUGGCCUGCCCGCUGGCCUGCUGCCUCAUCGAGCUAUUCCGUGAGCAGUUUCAUGGCGAGGUUUUACCUGAAGAGAUCACAGAGGAGUCGCUGGAAGAGUCCGUCGGGAAGCCUAUAUACGUGAUAUUCAGGAACCUGUGUCAAUUUCAAGAAGAUGAUGACGGCUACAGCGUGCUGCUCACCCUGAUGUCUGAGCUUUACCAGAAACAGCCCAAGAUUGGCUAUCACCUUCUGUACUACCUGCAAGCCAGCAAAGCGGCGGAGGGCAAGACGGCCGUGUACGAGUCAUUUGCGCAGUCGACGCAGCUGGGCGAUAUCUUCACGUGCCUCAUGUUGGACAUGAAAGCCUGCCAGGAAGACGAUGUGCGGCUGCUGUGCUACCUCGUGCCACCUAUCUACACCAAGUUUGACGACGUCGCACUGGGAAACAGCGAGCUGCUGAACAUGAUCGUGGCCGCCAUCGACUCGUUACAGCUGCAGGAGAUGGUUUGCCAGGUGAUGCUGGGAAACCUGGUCAUGUUCCGCAAAGAUUCUGCACUCAACGUACUCACCACAAGCCUGCAGUGGGAGACAUUCGAGCAGUACUGCACCUGGCAGCUCUUCCUGGCCCACGGCAUUCCAAUAGAGACCGUUGUGCCCAUCCUCCAGCACCUCAAGUACAAAGAUCACCCAGAAGCGCUCUCCUGCCUGCUGCUGCAACUCCGAAGAGAAAAGCCGAUGGAGGAGAUGGUGAAGCUGGUGUUGAGCCGCCCGUGCCACCGGGAGGACCACUUCACCACGAGCAUCCUGCGCCACUGGGCCGUCAAACAUGAGGAGAUCCUCGCGGAGCAUGUCAAGUCGCUGCUCAUCAAGAACAACACUCCGCCACGCAAACGGCAGAGUUUGCGCAGCUCGAGCAGCAAGCUGACGCAGCUGACUGUGGAACAGAUGCUCGAACACCUCGACAACUUGCGACUCGUCUGCAGCCCCCGGCAAACCUUUUUCGCACAGACGCCGAUUCUGCAAGCCUUGCAGCACGUUCAGGCAAGCUGCGACGAAGGGCAGAAAUCAAGGCGGGAUGUUCGCGUCAGGUUCAGCGAUCUGUUCGCGCUUGCCGAGGACUUUGAGGAUUCGUCAAAACCCACGAGAAAUCGACGGAAGGGGGCGGCCGCCACAAGCCCCCGCAGCAAGAAGGCUCCGCCCCCCGCCAGCAAUGAGGAGGAGUCGUCUGGCAGCAGCCAAUCGGAGGAGGAAGACACAAAACCCAAAACUCACAAGAGGAAAAGGAAACCUUCAGCCAUGGGAUCGGACAGUGACUGAGCCAUGUCGUGGGCCUUGUGUUGAAACGUGCUCCUACCGCACGACAGAUCCAAACACUUUGCAGUACGGUGAUGAGAAGAGAUUGACAGUUUCACUCCCACACAGCGUAGCGAGUCACCGGAUUCUUUCUGCUCACGCCCCAGAUGCAAAGGGCUUCGGACGGCAGCUGCGGCCCUGUCCUAUGUCUUAGUACUCAAACGUAGAAUGGAAGCAGUUGAAGAGAGAGAAAAAACCCCAAUUAUGGAAGUCGGCUUGAAUUUGUGCUUAUCUUUUUUAAACGAUCACAUUUUGGUCAGUUUUGAAUUGCAUUUCAACAAACGCUCAACUAACCGGCUGCGUUCGUCAUCAUGACACAGCAAAUUUCAGUAAAUCAAGAUUGUUUUGUAACUUGGAUGUUUUUCUUACCAUCUAUAUUCUUUGAACGCUCCACGGUUGGGUGGAAGCCUGUCUCAGAUUCACAACAUUUUGCCCCAAUCCUUCUAAAAGCAGAGGCCUCGACUUAGGUUGAAAAAUCCAUCCCUCGGCCCGGAACCAGCGCUGCUUGUGAAUGAGUCGUGGAAUGCUUCUCCAAACAAUACCGUGGAUGCAUGAUACUCAGCCCUGGAUUCCAACGCCAAUAAAAAGUCGACGGAUAAUGCAGUGAAGGCACAGGUUCACGGCAAGCUCCAAGAAUCCAUUUGAAAACUCGCUCCUGGCAAAAUACGGCAGCAAUAAAUAAUUACCUCACGAGGCGAGCGGCAAAGGUGGCCUCAGUGAAGAUGCUGUUGAACACGUUUAAACACGUUACUUCCCCCUAUGGCACUUGUCCUUUUAUCGCUACCCUUUCAGAUGGGCCGCGCACUAAUGAUCAAAAUGAUGACAUUCCAAAGUGCCGCGUGCAACUCUUUCAGGGAUUUUUAACAUUCUUACUUGUCUUCUAUAUAAAAAAAAAUCAAUCGAUAGAUCAGCGUCACUCUUUUUGACGGCAGAACGGUGGGUGUUGAUAAUUUAAAUAUCUGUGCUAUAUAUGGAUACAGACAAACGAAAUGUCACUCGAAAUGUGGACAACAUUUAAGUAGUGGAAAUUGUUCUGUGAAAAAAGUCACAAUUCCAGACUCGAUUAUAAACGUGUAGCCUUGAAUGCAAAAUAAACGAGACAGUUCACAUGUUGUUUUAUUUUAAUUGAUGCAUCUAAAAGUGGUAGCGUGAAAGGCACACGUGUAUAUAAAAAUCGUAUUUUAACUUGGUGCGCUGCUGAUGACAAAAGUAAAAAUACAGAUGUGUAUACAACAAUCAUGACUACUUUUAGCCAACUCAGUUCUGUUUUCUAAAGUGGUCAGUGUUGACAACAGGGUUUUAAGGUAAAUGUCACAUUAACAUUCUGCAGAAUAGCGUCCGUUAUUGUAAAGCAUGCAAAUUUGUACAAAUCUGAAGUAACUUUGAAUCAAAUAUUU